CUCCCGAUCACAUCGGGAUCUCUUUUCGAUUGGGAGGCGGCAAAAGUGCUGUCAUCCGCGGACUAAUUCAGACGCUGCUCGUGAGGAGGCGGAGUGAUCCCUCCUGUCCACAACCCACGUAAACAGAGUGCGCUCUCGGACCCGCAACCCCACAGUGAGAGACGCCGAGGAAGGAGAAGAAGCAGCAGCACUGCGGCUGUGACUCAAACGCCACGGAUUCUGCUCACACACACUGCGCGUGUAUUUUUUUGUGGGGAUUUAACGCUGUUUCUUGUAUCUGCUGCUAAAGGCUUAGACGUUCCGAGUGUUUUUGGCCUCUUUUGAAACUCUACACAUGCGUUUCUCAGCCAUUUGCAGGAGAAUUGGGUCAUGAUCACAUCGCCCACGGUCUCUUUCCUGAGAAAUAGCACGAAUACAGCUUGGCAGCGCGGCUCCUCGGGAGAAAGGGGCGCAGUGAAGAUCAGCCAGCUCUCCGUCCACAACUCUGUCUCUCCCGCAGACCCUUCUCGACAAGCCAGUCGUCUUCCCAUCAAGGUUUUGAAAAUGUUGACGGCUCGGGCAGGACACAUUUUACACCCGGAAUACCUCCAGCCUUUACCGUCCACUCCUGUCAGUCCCAUCGAGCUGGAUGCCAAGAAGAGUCCGCUGGCUCUUUUGGCACAGACGUGCUCUCAGAUUGGCAAACCGGACCCUCCGUCCUCCAAACUCUCCUCCGUGGCCUCAAAUGGAUCUAGUGACAAGGAGACCAAAUCCGGGCCGCUGAAAAUCAGCGACAUCGGAGCCGAGGACAAAUCGAGCUUCAAACCAUACUCCAAAUCCGCAGAGAAGAAGGACUCGAGCAGCAGCCACAAUGGAGAUAAAAACAGUUUCCGAGUACCUAGCGCCACCUGCCAGCCGUUCACCCCCAGGACAGGCAGCCCCUGCUCCGUCACCUCAGUGUCUCCUCUGCCGUCUGAAGGCAAAUCGGGAGACAAGGAGGAGAAAAAGGAGUCUGAUAGCAAUAAAAGCAGCACGACUGAGAGUAAUGGCAGCCAUAGGAUAAGUGGGAUUACCUCUGAUGGCGGACAGCACCAGGAGAGCACAUCUGGAUCCAAAACUGUUACAUCAGACUCAAUAUCUGUAACCUCCUCCUCCUCCGUCCUCGCAUCUGGACUGGUGGCCCCUGUUUCCCCCUAUAAGCCCGGUCACACAGUUUUCCCCCUGCCACCUGCUGGUAUUUCUUACCCUGGAAGUUUAGCGGGUGCAUAUGCGGGUUACCCGCAGCCCUUCCUCCCUCAUGGAAUGACACUUGACCCCAGCAAAUCCAGCAGCCAGCUGUUGAGCGCACAAUUCGCUGCUGCCAACUCGAUGGGUUGCAGUAAAGCGGGGACUAGUCCUUUAGCUGGCGCGUCCCCACCGACUCUCAUGUCUGCCAGUCUGUGUAGAGACCCCUACUGCCUGAGCUACCACUGCUCAAGCCAUUUGUCUGGUGCGUCCAGCGCCAACGCCGCACAUGACUCUGCGGCCGCCGCUGCGGCUGCCUCCGCGCUCAAAGCUGGAUACCCGCUCAUGUACUCCGCACACCCGCUGCACAGCGUGCACCCCUCGGCCCCUUCCUUCAGCGGACACCCCCUGUAUCCUUACGGCUUUAUGCUCCCCAAUGACCCCCUCCCGCACGUGUGUAACUGGGUGUCUGCUAACGGACCAUGCGAUAAGCGCUUCUCCUCCUCAGAGGAACUGCUCAGCCACUUGCGGACUCACACAGCCUUUGCGGGCACGGAGAAGUUGAUAUCUGGGUAUCCGGGCUCAUCCUCUCUGGCCAACGCCGCUGCCGCCGCUGCCAUGGCCUGUCACAUGCAUAUGCCUCCCAGUGGCAGCCCGGGCAGCCCCGGCACGCUGACCCUCAGGGGCCCACACCAUCAUCUCGGACUGAGCAGCCGCUAUCACCCGUAUUCAAAGAGCCCUCUGCCCGCUCCAGGCGCCCCGGUGCCGGUGCCUGCAGCCACCGGGGCCUAUUACUCCCCCUACGCCUUGUAUGGACAGAGACUGACCACAGCCUCGGCCUUAGGAUACCAGUAGAAACAAAGAAUUAUAGCCCACAUUUAUAAAAAGGAAAUUUAGGUCCGUUGAGUUUUAUAUUGUACUUCAUGCAGGGACUGGAUCCACAUGAGGAUCACUGUAUUUAUUUGCGAUAGCUUCAAGCGUGACUAAAAUAAAAAAAUAAUUAUUAUAAUAUAACUUUGAAAAGCCUCAGUGUGCAUUAUUUUUUUUUACACAGUGAAGAAAGUGUUGGGUUAUGGUUGCUGCUGUGUAUUUACAAAAUGCCUCUGUUUACAUUUUUAUUUACCUUUGGUUGAUGAUGGUGAUGCUGAAGCGAUUGUUAGUGUUAAAUGUUUUUUUUAUUCUAAUUCACUCAGACUAAAGGGUCGUAGCGGGCUGCUUCUGAUGAGUGAUCUGACAAAGUGAUGGACGUGGAAAAUCAAUCAGAGCAGCUUCUUCUGACAUGUCAUUCAUUUGUUGGUGAAGUGGUGAGCCUCGAUGUCCCAGAAAGCUCCUGCAUUUACACUUUUUAAUUUAAAGAAGGAAAAAAAAAAUCAUAAUUACAAUUUUCCCUGAUUAAAACAGUCAAUUCAGA